GGCCACUCAUCUCUAGCAUCGGAAAAAUGCGGCUGUACUCGAGACCUAAAAAAUGUGUCGAUUGCAAAAGCUUCAGGAUAUGGAAUUGGCGUUCGAAUGGGCCACAGAGGGAAAUGGUUAGCUUUCGAAUGCACAACAUCCAUCUCCAUUUGACCUCGGAGAAAAAUCCCUGGUAGACCUUAACUGCAAUAGAGUACAAGUCACCGUGGUUUCCACCGUGCACCAGGAUGCCACUGCAGGCAAGGCAGAGAGAGACGCACCGAACUGGCUGAGGAUUUGAGUGCCCAGAGGACGGCAGUUUGCUCCUGUUUCUUUCAUUUGGCAUCUUUGACAGUACUACAGCUAAAAACGCCGUCACCUCUAUCGAUGAUCCGCGGUAUAUAGAUGGGAUGUUCAAAGUGUAAAGCGUCUGUCAAUGUCUAGCAAUGGUCGAGGACAAAGCCACAACUGUGGAGUAGUUCCCGCAAUAUUUUAGUGCUCAAGUCAACUCGGGCAGCAGGGCAUUUUUCACGUGGUUUUGCAUAGAUGAUAACGUUGACAGAUUCACAAUUCUUCCGUUCGGGUUUGCCGGCACACUUGGGAAAAAAAUCAGGACCAGGUCUUGGAGGCGGCCGAACCACUCACUGGACGGGAGAGGGACCAGCUCAAGCCUCAAAUCGUUGCUCGGGGCAGAAGGAUGACCCUCUGAAAGGGUUGCAAUCGCUGCAGAACUUGGCUAUGAUGGAAGAAGAGUACUGCGCAGCGAGUUGGUUGUUUGCUCACUCCUGCCUGCCGUGGUCUAUGGAUGCAGUGCGUUGGUGUCUAGACAGGAGAGCGGUCUGCACCGAGGGGUCCAUGUGAGGGAUCUGACACGUGCUGCUCUGGCCCCAGGAUUGCCCAGACGAUUGUCAAAGAUGCGCUCGAAGAAGCAAUCUUCCAUCACUGUUCACGACCACACCUUAUCGCCAUCUGUGUAAUCAUGGGAUGGUACGAUCGAAACAGGCGUCAAGGACUGAUGAGAUCACCAAUCGGAGCGAGCCCUGGGCAGAAUCUACCAUCACCCCUGUAACUUACUUUCUGGCUCGCUCGUCCCCGCCCUCGCCCUCGCCCUCCCCUCCCCUCCCCUCAGCCCCCACCCCCCACCUCGCCCGGAGUCCGAUGAUUAGUUUCCCAAGCCACUGGCCUCGCGUAAAGAUUGUCAAUAGAGUGACGCGGCCUCGCAUUGCAAUUGGACGACCAUUACGUGCCGUAGUUACUGGUGAUGGAUGGUCUUCGCUGUGCACCGAUCGCAGUGAUUCGGUGACUCCUCCUCCUCUCGGGUUCAGAUAUUUUUACGCAUCCACAGAUCCCUUCGGCUUUCUGGUGCGUGACCAUUUAAAGUGGCUACAGUGGUGCCGAAUGUAACGAGACAUUGGGCAGAAACUGGCUUCUUGACUGCCUCUAUAGCGUCGAGAGACCGAGAUGGAACAACAUCAGCUUCUUACGAUAGCUUUGAGGCGUCACUGCCAAAGCUCGUGAAGAGGAACGUCGAUGCCUGACGUUGGAGACCUGAGCCCACCUCUAGCCAAAGAUCUCCUGAUGACUGUGACCUCGACACCUCUGGAUGCGUUCUCACUCGAUAUUCGAGCAUUGUAGCCUUCAUAGUGCGACUGGCUGUACGUGCGCAAGUCGAGACCAGUUCUAUGCCUCAGCCGCUUCCAUGUUUUAUGACCGCUGGAUAGGUGCGUGCAUGCGUUUGCCCCAUCCGGAAAGUUCGUGAUGCUUGGCGAGAAAAGUGCCUAUUUGUUAUGCUAGAUGACAUCCACAGCGAGGUAAAGGUGUGGUGAGUCUUAUGCCAUGACUUAGUCCACACGAACGAACAAACAUGAGACAAACAGGAUUUUCGAUGACAGAACAUGUUGAACACUGCCCUUAUCUGGAGACUGCGGAGUUAUCGUGUCAAUACUUCGGUAAUUCGGUAAUUCGGUCCUGUCAUUGGAUGCAGUUUCAGACCAGAGCUCAAUUCCAACGGGAUCUACAUCCAUUCACUCCGCCUAUUGGAAAUGCGAUACAUAUCGCAGAGCCUUUCUUCGUCCAAAUUUAGUUCAAAUCUUUAUGUUUUCUGGGAAAGCCGGAAGUUGUCAAAGCUUUCAACCAUUUGCCCAUUUGACAGAAUGUCGGGCAAAUUUCAAGACCUACAAGUUGCUAUAAAGCUCCCCCCAUUCCGACUACAAGAAAUGUUUGACAAAGCCUAUACGUCAGAAAGAGAGGAAAGAAAUGGGUGACAGGUGGCGAUUAAAACAUUAUAGAGAGAAAGUCCCCCGACACUGAAGUUUGAGCUCCGAGCUCCCAUAAUUUGUGUGACUUGUACGACACGUAUGUACUGGCAAAUCGAAAUAAUUCAGGUUUGCUAGGUCAGCGUGUGAUGAACAUAUAUCUUCAAGCGGCCUGUGAUGAAGAAUUUUAGUCCUG